AAAGCUUUCCGAAGUGUACCCUCACUGGUGAGUCACCGUGUCACUGUUACCUGCCAUCUUGGACGGGCAACGCCGCUUUGCUGCCUUAUUUUGUCAGAAAGGACCAGCUUACUCGGCUGAAAAGCUUCCUGAGGCAAAUCAGUGACAUCCCCUCUAGAGAAGAUGUUUCUCCAGCUGGAGUGACCCCCGGCUUCCCUUUUCGCAGGAGACAGACAGAGCUCUCUGCUGUGACCCCGCGGCUCUUCCCCCCAGCGCCGGUGUCUCUGGCUUCCCCCCAGCCCGGUCCGUGCCCAGGACGGCCCAUGGCUUGGCAGAGGACGACGGAACGGUCCCUAGUGCCUUUUUUGCCGUGUUCUGCUGGUGCUGAAGUUUGCCUCGGAGCAGUUGGCUGUUCCUCCCUCAGCUGGUGGAGAAGUGGAAGUCAUCUGUGGCAGGGAAGUCUGGAACAAGCUGAUUUUAAUUCUGGAGCAAGAUGGAAGCUCAGCAAGUCCUUAUCUCGAGCGCCCCAUGAAGGAGCUGCUUUCAUUCUGGGAGGUGAUCAGUGAUGAACAUGGCAUUGACAUCGCUGGAAACUACCGUGGGGGUGCGUCGCUGCAGCUGGAGAGAAUCAAUGUCUACUUCAACGAGGCUUACUCUCAUAAAUAUGUGCCACGUUCUAUCUUGGUGGACCUGGAACCCGGUACGAUGGACAGUGUACGGUCUAGCAAAAUAGGCCCCCUCUUCCGACCUGACAAUUUUAUUCAUGGAAAUUCGGGUGCUGGAAACAACUGGGCAAAGGGCCAUUACACAGAAGGAGCUGAACUGAUCGAGAACGUCAUGGAUGUGGUGAGGAACGAGUGUGAGAGCUGUGACUGCCUUCAGGGGUUCCAGCUCAUCCACUCGCUGGGCGGGGGCACGGGCUCAGGUAUGGGCACGCUCCUCAUCAACAAAAUCCGAGAAGAGUAUCCCGACAGGAUUAUGAACACCUUCAGUGUUGUGCCUUCCCCCAAAGUAUCCGACACGGUGGUGGAGCCCUAUAACGCCAUCCUCUCCAUCCAUCAGCUAAUAGAGAACACAGAUGAAACCUUCUGCAUCGACAACGAAGCUCUAUACGAUAUAUGUUUCAGAACUCUAAAGCUCACCAAUCCCACCUAUGGUGACCUCAACCACCUCGUGUCCCUAACCAUGAGUGGUGUCACAACCUCCCUCCGGUUUCCCGGCCAGCUGAACGCGGACCUGCGGAAGCUGGCCGUGAACAUGGUGCCCUUCCCUCGCCUCCACUUCUUCAUGCCGGGCUUUGCCCCGCUGACGGCUCGCGGCAGCCAGCAGUACAGAGCCCUCUCGGUGCCGGAGCUCACCCAGCAGAUGUUUGAUGCCCGCAACAUGAUGGCGGCCUGCGACCCCCGGCGCGGGCGGUACCUGACGGUGGCCUGCAUCUUCAGGGGCCGGAUGUCUACCCGAGAGGUGGAUGAGCAGCUGCUGGCCGUCCAGACCAAGAACAGUUCCUACUUUGUGGAGUGGAUCCCUAAUAACGUCAAAGUGGCCGUGUGUGACAUACCACCGCGAGGACUGAAGAUGGCGGCCACCUUCAUUGGCAAUAACACAGCCAUCCAGGAGCUCUUCAUCAGGGUUUCCGAACAGUUCUCGGCCAUGUUCAGGAGGAAGGCGUUUCUCCACUGGUACACCGGGGAGGGCAUGGACGAGAUGGAGUUUUCCGAAGCGGAAGGUAACACCAAUGACCUGGUGUCCGAGUACCAGCAGUACCAGGACGCCACUGCGGAUGUGGAGGAAUAUGAAGAGGUGGAGGCAGAAGCCAGCCCGGAAAAGGAAGCUUCGUAAGACCCCUGGUAACAUCAAACCCCUCUCCGAAUGGGCCAGUAGCCAUCAGCUGCGGACUGAAAGCAACACCUUUCUUAGUAACUUCUCUGCUUCUGGCCAAAAUAUAUGCAGUAUUACAAUACAAUGCUUUUGAAGUUAAUGGCAGCCAUGCUUUUCUCCCCCAAAUGUUGGCACCCAGUCUCCCAGAAGAGCCACGAUGGAGACAAGUCAUCUCACAACAGCCCUUCUCAUAACUGUAUUCACUUUCAGAGUAUCAUCAGUGGGUACUGAGGGUAACACACAGCCCGUGUGUGUACGUACACCCCCGGGAGCAAAACCAACAGCAAAAUCCACCAUCAGCUCCUCAGGUGUCGGUGUUCUUUGCAGACACCAUCCACUUCUGUUUGUGCUGCGCUGCAGGGCCCCCCACCCCGACCCACAGCAGCCUCACUCAGCCCCUGCGGCUGCGGGGGGGACACCACGGGGCUAAAGACUCAAUGUGCACAUUUUUACUUCGUUUUAAAGUAUUUAAUAGUUCUAUCACCUUGCUGGCUUCUAUUAUCCUAUUAUUGCAGGGCUUGGAUUCAUUCUCAUUGUGUGGUUUGUUCUGUUUCAGACUAUAGAUGGAGUUACACCAGCACAAAGCUGGGUUCCCCCCCACCCAUGUACUAACUAUUGUAAAUUUUCUUCCUGUCACUCAGUACAGCAAACUGGAUGCAAUGGUUUGCAGAUAGUUAGAUGCGAGUCAAAUGUAUCUUCACUUCAGGAAAAAAAGUUCCUUGCUGUUCACAGCCAUCUAGUUAAGACUGUAUUUAUAACAUUCCUUAAAAUAAAAAUUAUAUACCACUCUAUAAAAUACUUUAAUACUUGAAA